AUGAGCCACUCAAGUGGGCCUGGAUUCCUGCAGAGAUCUGUGGUCUCCUCUUUCAUCUUCCUCAAUGCAGAACGUGAAACGAAAGUGGCGUUAUUCAAACGAAGCAAUAAAGUGAGCACAUAUCGGCACUGUCUAGCCCCCAUCUCAGGCUAUAUAGAGCAAAAUGAAACACCAAUUACAGCAGCAUGGCGCGAGAUCAGAGAGGAAACCUCCUUAAAUUCACACGACGUGAACCUUUGGCGCAAAGGCAAACCCUACUCUUUCAGCGAUCCCUCAGUUGGUCGGCAAUGGACAAUUUAUCCCUUCUCAUUCCGACUGGUAUGCUGCGACGAAGGUGGUCGUGGGGGAAAGGGUAUUCAAAUUGAUUGGGAGCAUGAGAGCUGGGGAUGGUACAAUCCCGAGUCAAUAAAGGAUGAUGAACAAUUUGGCGGAGUUCCGCGACUAGAAGAAAGCCUAGGACGAGUCUGGUUUGAAGGUAAUAUGAAUGAGGGGGCAAGCAAGGCAUUAAUUGCAGGUCUGGAGCAGCUGAAGGCAGACCACCAAAGCGGAUUCAACGAAUUGACGUUGGCUGCACUAAGAACCUACCAGGAUGUGAUAACCCAGAUGCAGCCGGAGAAUAGUACAAAGUGGUGGGAAACCGCUCGCAUGGUUGUAUGGCAUCUCUGGAAAAAUGGGCGGGAAGACAUGGGGUCCGCUAUCUUGAAUCCAUUCCUGGAACUGCUGGCCGAAAUACAAGGUAUCCUACAUCAGAGCCUUGACCGCGGCGUGGAAUGGGAGUGCUUGCAAGCCGCACUCUCCCACCACAUACAGAGGCAAAUAGAUAUGCCCACACGCAUACAAAACUCCUUUGCGGCUUAUGUCCAGUCCAAAUUUGUUCCCAUCGUGCAGUCCAAACCUAAAGCAUCUCUGAACAUUCUCACAUUGUCCGCUAGCUCUAACAUUCGCAAUAGCGUGCUGGAUGCAUUCGCCGCUGUUCCAAUUCCUGAUCUAGACCUACGGAUUCUGGAGUCUCGGCCACUCUACGAAGGUGUCAGCAUGGGGUCUUCCAUAAUCUCUGCUUUUCAAAAUAAGUUUCCAGGGACUUCUGAAAAGCACCUAAAAAUGACAAUUUAUACCGAUGCAUCCGCUGCGCUCGCCAGCAAAGAUGUGGAUCUCGUCCUCCUAGGAGCGGACCGAAUCUCCGACUGUGGGGCAAUCAACAACAAGACCGGAUCCUUACCGGCUAUUUUAAGCGCGAAGCAUAUCUCUCCAAACUCCAAAUUGUUAAUUCUUACCGCGUUGGAGAAAAUCGCUGGGUAUGGUGUGGACGACGAUCACAACCAGGAACUGAAUGAUCCUAAAAGGGUCAUGGAUGGUUGGUUGGAUGCUGGUGUGAAAGGAGUCAACAUUAUCAACGACAGCGUUUGGAAUGCUUAUACCGGGGAUAAUUGUGUGAUCAAGGUGAACAAUAUCUUCUCUGAAUGGGUUCCAGCUGGACUAGUGGACGCAUACAUAUGUGCAGAGGGUACUCUGGAUGUUUCCGGUAUCGAAGAGAAGGCAGAGCAAGUGAAACAAAAUAUUGAAAGGUACUUUGGCGGUUUGUAG